AUGAAAAAAGAAAAGGAGCUACUAGCUAGAACAUUGCUAGGCUCAUCGCCUUCCACAGAUAGCUUCAAUAAAAAAUUUGCAAUGCAAAGCUAGUAACUACCAAAAGUAAAAGGAUUCGGUUAAGAUACUGAAAAUAAAUUAAAAAGCUCCGCCGAUUCAGCCUACUUUUAGAGAUAAAUAAAUACUCCUUAGGGUUCUUUAUUCUAAAAUAACAAAUCAUCUUUUAGAGGAAAAUCAUAAAAUGAAGAAAGAAAUCAAAAUAGCAAACAAAUAAAUAAUUACACAAAUCAGAUCAAAGAAAUCUUAGAAAAAAUUGAUGAUCCAGAGUUCUCUGAGACAAGAACAAAAUAAGACGCUCUGUAUAAGAUAAAAAGCUAAAACCUCUUUAUGCAAGGUCCUCUCACGAUGAAAGCUCGAGAGUUGGGGCUUUCAGCAAAUUAAUUUAAGAGAAAUUUAAAAUUUCCACCUAAAAUAACUAACUAAGAUUAAUAAUAAAAUUCUAAUAGUGAGACCUAACAAACAACAUCGCCUAACAGAUAGAUUUUAAUAGAUAAAGAUGCACCUCUGAAAUAAAAUUAGUCAGAUCAAAAAUUUUACAUAAGAGAUAACUUCUAAAUAGAUUAAUCUCCUAGCAGAAAUCUCAAACAAAAGCCAUAAAAUCGAUACAUGUUUGCAAGUCCUAAAGGAUCAAUUGAUAACUUAAUGAAAAACAUAGAAGCAAAAGUACAAUUUAAAAAUAAUAAUAAUAAUUUAAAAAACAGCAGAGCCAUCAGUUAAAAUGAUUAAUAUUCUAAAUAUGUUAAUAAUCAAUUUAAUUAAUAUGCUACAAAAACCUCUUAAGAUGGAUAUUUAAAGGAUUAACUUUCUUAAGAUGAAUAGGAUGAAAUCAAUCAUCACUCUAAUGAUCUUAAAUUUCUAAUUGGAAGUGACAGAGAGAUAAAUAUUUAAAAUACUCUAAAUGCAUAAAAGAGCUUGAAUUUUAAUUUCGAUGAACUAAAAGAUGAACUAAGCAAAACAUUAUAAGCUUAGUAUUCCAGUCUUAAGAAAAACUCAUAUACAGGCUUAGAUACUCGCUUUGAAGAAAUAAAAAAGUUAAAUAGCGAAAAUAGCAAGUUGAAAAAUUAAAUUUUUGAUAUCAAAAACGAAUUAGAAGAAUUGGAUGAAUUUAAAAUUGCUUUAGAACAUUAGUAAAAAGCCCAAGAUAUUAAUGAGCUUAGGUUUUUUUUGCUGAAAGCACAGAUUAGCAGAUAGUAAAAACAUAUCCGUAGACUUACUGGAUUACUCUAAGGAUCUAGAAAAGUUGUAAAAGAGGUUUUGGCAAUUUGUUAGUUUUUUGCUGAAUCAGUAAUGAGACAAAGCAGCGAAAUACAAUAGCAAGUAACAAAAAAAUCGAAGAAAUCAUAGAAUAAUCAAGCAAAUGCAAACAAGGCUAUUAACAUUUAAAAUGAAGCUUAAAACAAUGAAAAAAUUGGAACUAUGUUAGCCUCAUAAGAUAACCCUUACUUACCAAACAACGAAGAUGGAAUUAUUAUGUAACUUGAUCAAAAAUUAAUGAACUUAUCUCUAAAAAACUUGCUGAGCAACAUAGGUUCAACGGAAGAAAGAGAUAAUUUUAUAAAUAACUUUUACUCAGCCUACAGCAAAAUAGUUGAAUAUGAAAGAUCCAACAAAGAAUUUUCUUCUAUGUUUGCAAUCAAACAUUUUAAGAAACUGGCUUUACCUGAUUCAUUCCACAAUAGCUUAACAAAUUUAGAUAAAUCAGGUCAAAAUUCUUAAUUAUAUUAAGAAGCAUUUCAGUAAGCCAUCAUGUAAAAUGAUACCAUUUCAAGAAAAGAAACAAAUAAUAAAGAAACUAUAGUUAAUAAAGUUAAAUACAAGUAUCCAGUUAAGGAAUUUUUAGAUAAAUAUAGAGACUAUAUUCCAAUAAAUACAAUUUUUACAAGUUUUCCUUCCUAGUAAAAAGAUAAUUUAAAUAAUAUGAUGAAUGUAUUAUCAAACGUUCUGAGAAAGUGUGAAAAAGGAUUUAAGUAAGUGAGAACCUUCUAAUUAUACAAAAGCAACCCAUUUUUGUACAUUGAUAAAAGAAAUAGGGUUGAUUUGCCAGAUACUCUUUAAAAUUAUAAAUCUGAUUUUGAAACAUUCAUGAAAUAUAGAGAUAAAAUGACUUCAAUUAACUUAUCCUAUGAUUAGUUGACAAAGACAGAAUCACAGCUUUCUUAAUUGCUCAGUAAUCUUUUAACAGCAUAUUAGUAAGCGAUUUUAGAUAAUAAGAGUAAUCCAAAUUAAGAAAUAUCUGUGCUUAUUGAUAACUUGAGAAAAUCUAUAGAGUAAAUGAUUUGUUUAGGCGUUAUGCUGCACAAAGAUUCUGGUUCUAAUAAUUCAAGAUAUUUAGUUGUUGCUCAGAACAUUAAUUAAGAUUUAAGCUUAAUGGCAAUUAAGAAUAGUGAUAAAUAAAUAGGUACUUAAAAUGAAAUCAAGGAUGAAUAAAAUUCUUCUAAGCACUUAAAUUCAUCAUAGCUGCCAGUAAAUUUGAUUUAAACUCAAACUCCUAAUGUUGUAGCUUCUCCAGAUGAAAGCUAAUUGGGAUCAUAACAUUUGAUAAUGGGGGAAAAGGCUGAAGUAGCUGGAUAAAGCAAAAGAAAGCUGAAAUUAAUGUUUGAUAAUAAAGAAAAGCUGAAAAUGCAAUAGUAAUUAUUAGAUGAGCUUAAAGAUUAUGAAUAGUUAAGAACACUCAAGUUAGAAAAAGAUAUUGACUGUAACACAGAAUUUUUUGAUAGACAUUAGAUCUGUGAGAACAUUUUCGAUGAUUUGUAUAAGAGCAUUAAAUAAGGGGAUACAAAAGAUUCCAUAAAUAUAGCAUUAAAAAUGGGAACAAUAAUUCAAAAACUAAAACAGUGCUUUGAAAUGAAAAAUAAUAUGCUUCUUGUUAAAGAAAUGCAAAUUGACUAUCUGAAGAACCAAAUUUAUGUUUACAAAUAUGACAUUUUAUAGUGUAAACAAUUUAUCGAAGAAUCGUAAGAAGCAAUAAAUAACUUCUUUUAUCCAAUUAAUACUAAAUUAAAUUAAAUCCUGAUUGUUUUCAAUUAAGUUAUGGAUGGUUCCAAAUAAAGUGAUGCUAAAUCUAGAAAGAAUUUCAUAUUAACUUUUAAAAAAAAUCUCAAAGAAAUACUUGAAAUAAUUAAAAGAAUUGAAGAAAAAAACGCUCCUAUCAACCAGCUCAAUAUUAAGUAGUUAAAAGAUGCUUUUUAUUAAAAAGUGGAUUUGGCUUGCAUGAAACACGAAUCCAUCAAAAGGCACUAAUAAUCGUGA